GAGUUUAAUAGAGCGGUUGAAAGUAGUAGGAAGUUGGAAACAAAUGUGGAGAAAAGUUACACAGUUUUGGAUUUGUUAAGAUAUCCUGUUUUGAGGAAACGCUCACUUAUUCUGGGAUUAAUAUGGUAUGUCAUUUAUGCUGGAUCGGCACGAGCAGUCCCAAACUCCGUUAUUCAGUUUUACAACGGGAGGAUAGUUAUUUAUACAGGAAUGGCUAACUCUAUCAGUUCUAAACUGUUCUUUCUAGAGGUCCAGUCAGCCUCAUCCCUUAUCACGUGUUUAUUAUAUUUUAUUUCAUUUUAGGUUUUCCAUAUCAUUUGGAUAUUUAGGUCUUGUAUUGAGUGUUUCACGCCUAGCUGGAAAUAAAUAUCUAAAUUUCUUCAUAAGUGGAGCAUUGGAAUUUGCUAUGACGUGGCUGGUCACAUUUUACGUCAUAGGGAAGUAAGUCACUCCAGUUUCGUCAUGCAUAGUAAAAUAUUACCAGAAAUUUUAGAUACGAUUAUUUCUACUUUUUUAAUAAAUUAAUUCUUCAAUUCAAUGUAGUGUCACCAUUUUUGCAAAAGUGCAGCAAAUACAUUUAAAUUCUCCUUGUUUGCGAAUUUUUACUUUUUAAUACAGUACCUGCACUGUGUAAAUUAUGGUAAAAUGACGACACCAUAUUGGAGAGCUAAUAUUCAAAAUUAGAAAUGGAGGUUAUAUUUGCAUGUCUAAAAUUUCAGCUGAUAAUGCUGGAAAAAUAAGCGGAUCGACGACCCUAGCAGGAUAGUAUAGUACGGAGUGCAUGUUUAUCUUUAGAUUUGGUCGGCAGAAACCAAUGAGUUUUUACGCUGUCGCUGGAGGAAUAAGUUGUAUCUUGGCUGGUGUAUUAUCUAAAGAUACAGGUAAUCCAACCGAUCAUGCGUAUUACGAGGAUCUAUUUUAA